UCUACGAUCACACACACACACACACACACACUGCAUCAUCACACAGCGACACACACACACACACACACACACACACCUCUCCUGGAGCUCCUGCAGAACCGGAGGAGGAGAAAAGAGGGUGGAAGAAUUUGGCCUCAAGUCUCACAGCUGCCUUCAAACUGCUGGGAUGAGGUGGUGGCUGAUGGCGGUCAGCUUGUGGCUGCUGGUGGUCGUGACCGUCUCCAACGCUCAGGCCGGGAACAGACCGCGCAACCAGGACCGAGACAUCCGCCGGGGGAAGAGGAAGAGGGACGGACAAGGUCCUUGGCGGGCCAGAGCGGGGCGCUCUAGACCUCUAAAGAUCAGACUGGUUCCUGGUCCCGGCAUGCCAAUGGAGCCUGGAGACAACCAAGGAACCACUCUGAUCAUGAAGUCCAAUAAGGAGCCACAAGAACAGCACUCCAGCUACAACGUUAUCCCAGGUAAGCAGGGCCAGUGUGAGUACCGGGGUCUGACCAUGUUCGACCAGGCCGUCUGGUCCCCGAAGCCCUGUGUGACCUGUCUGUGUGCCGGCGGGCGGGUGGUUUGUGACGAGAUCGCCUGUCCCACAAUGCACUGCAACUUCCCCUUCACGCCUGCUGGGGAGUGCUGCCCCGUCUGCAUGGAGUCAGACCCUGACCUCAGCCUUGACCUUUCUGGUGACUCCCCAGUUCCCAACGACCCCGGUGAGGCCGUGACCCCGCUGACCCAGGAGGAGAUCCAGCGUAUCCUCUGGCGGGAGGAAGAGGAGCACCGCGAGGAGGAGGAACGCCUGAGAAAGAAGGAUGAGGCGAGGAAGACAAGGAGGAAGCAGAGGAAGGAGCAGGCGGAUAAACAAAGGAAGAUAGUGGAGGGGAAGAGGAGGGAUGAGGAGGAGGCGCUGAGGCUGCAGGUGGAGAAAGAGGAGGAGGAGUGGAGGAGGCAUAUGGAGGAGGAGGAGAGGAGGCGGGAGGUGGAGGAGAAGAGGAGGAGACAGGAUGAGGAUGACAAGAGGCAGAAGGAGGCAGCAGAGAGAGAAGCAUGGGAGAAGGAAAGGAAGCUAGAGGAGGAAAGGUGGAGACAGGAGGAGAUGCUGAGGGAGCAACUACUGGCUCCGGUGGAGGAGGAAGAAGAGGAGGAGCAGAAAAAGGUAGAGGAGGAGGUGUGGCUGAGAGGAGAUGUGUUUGAGAUGCCCCCAAAAGAACCCGAAGAACCCGAGGAACCCGAGGAACCGGACCUCCUCCCCGCUCCGAUACCACAACCUCCCGCUGCGACAGAGGAGGAGCUGAAGGACAUGGAAGCAGAAGUGGAGGAGGCAGAAGAGGAGAGGGAGGAGGUGGUGGAGAACAGAGGAGGCCUUCCUCCAGGCUGCGACAUCUCCGAUGUCACUCUGACGUGCGAUAACGCCAAACUCACGUACUUUCCCCCUCUGUCCAUUCCUGAGCUCAAGUCUCUCAGUCUGGAGGGCAACAACAUCAGCAGCAUCCCAGCAGAAGCCUUCAAUGGCAUCCCGAACCUGGAAUGGAUCAACCUUAAGAAAAACAAACUCUCCUCCAACGGCAUUGACACCAACGCCUUCAAAGGUCUGAAGAUGCUAAGGCGUCUGUACUUGGACGGGAACCUUCUAGAAGCCGUGCCCGCUGACCUUCCCCCGACGCUGCAGGAGCUGAAGAUCAACGAGAACCAACUGAGGAGAAUCGAUGAAAACGGCUUCCAAGAUCUGAGCAGCCUGGUGAUUCUAGAGUUGGAGGGAAAUCUGCUGAGCGAGGGGAAUGUAGAUCCUCUGGCCUUCGCUCCCCUCGUCGAGCUCUCCUACCUCCGACUGGGCAGAAACCACUUCCGCACCAUACCGCAAGGCCUUCCCAGUUCGUUGCUGGAGUUGUACUUGGAGAACAACCUGAUCGAGGAAAUCUCAGAGACCGUUUUCAACCAGACCCACAGUCUGAACGUGGUUUCUUUGAGAAACAACAGGCUGGACGAGACCCGGAUCGCCCCGCUGGCCUGGAUCAACCACAGAAAUCUGGAGUCCAUCGACCUUUCAAACAAUGACCUUUACCUGGUUCCAUCGUACCUGCCCAGAUCUCUGGUCCACCUGGUGCUGGUGGGAAACAACAUCGAGAGAAUACCUGGCUACGUCUUCGCCCACAUGGACCCCGGUAUCGAGUACCUCUACCUCUCCUACAACAAACUGGACGGGGAGGCCAUCGAGCCGGAGUCGUUCUUCGGCUCGUACCAGUCCAUGGUGGAACUGUGCCUGGACCACAACCAGCUGGUCUCGAUCCCGUCCGGCAUCAACGAGAUGACCAACUUACACUUCCUCAGACUCAACGAUAACAACAUCAGGAGUGUCCGUGACGAAAGCGUCUGUGACCCGAACCACAGCGGCGACUCCACCCUGGUGGCCGUGAGGCUGGAAAACAACUACAUGGACCCCCAGAAGGUCUCACCGGCAGCCUUCUCCUGCGUACGCUCCUCCUCCAGUGUGGUCUUAAAACCACAGAAAACUAAAAACUAAAACUGAUGUGUCAAAGCAUUCAAUACGUUUCCCCUCUCUAGCUCCCUCUGAUGCUGUAUGUUAUUGGAGAGUAAUAAGAACUCGCUUCACGUGGUUUAGAAGGUUGAACAUGGGAUUGAUAACACCUUAUUGUAAAGCAUUGAUCCUAUCCUGUUCAAACGAGCUUCUUCUUCAGUUUCAGGUCUGCUAUGUUUGCUUUGCACCUGAACCUGGAGAUGACAGAACACCUUCAGACACAUCGGUCUCCUUUAGUACAAAUGUAAAGCCCUUUUUAAAUGGAGAGAACUCCGGUCCCCCCUUACAUAGUAAAACGAAGACGCUCAUAAAGAAAUGGAAGGAAUUCGAUGAAAUGAGACCACGAGCCCAACGGCAUUAUUUUUAACAAACUCGCCACCUUCAUGUUCCAUUUCUCAGCCGUUCCUUUCACAAAGUCUCCAACAGGGAAAGGAGACGCAUCCUCUGAGCUCAUCCCUCUGAUAAAGAUAAAGAAGAUAAAAUGAUGGAAGCUGAAUGGUGAAGGAGGAUUUACAGUUCAGAUUUCUCCCAUCGAAGGCCCCUCAACAACAGACAAAUCAGGACAGGAUUUUGGGCAUAUUAAUAACUGAAGUAAUAACUUGUUUCAAUAUUGAACAAGGAGACUUUUUAAAAUGCAGUGGUUGUUGUUUACGCGGUUUCAGCAGGUUUGCUCUAGACUUUCAUGGAGAUAUGUAAAGUUGUGUGGACCGUUGGCUACAGAUGUGUUUUUUUUCCAACGGUAAAUUCAAAAUGUCCAUUUGUUUUAACUAUACGUCUAUGUUUCUGCUUCAACUAUCAACCCGUGUAACUGGAGUGUAAUAUGUUGUAAUAUGAGAAUAGAAGAAGGUUGCUGCAGGUUGGGAGAGUAACUCCUUUAUGAAUGUGGAUUAAAUGCUCUUGUCGUACAGUCAUGUACGAGAGGUACA